AUGAUUUCUAAAAUUGAAUGCUAAAUACAUAAAGGAGAAAAAUUAUCUGCUAUUUGUAUAGAUUCUUUUUGUGUUGCCAAUACUUAGUGUUGUCCUCUAUGCAUCAAAGAAUUACACAAUGUACAUGAUCAUAAAGUAGUGUCUCUUACCUCGAUACAAUAAUUUAUUUCUAAUCAAGAAAAUAUCAAAAGAUAAAAUGAUGAAUUUACAGCUGUCAAAUAAUAAUUAAUUGCCAAUAAACUACAAUUAACAGAACUUACAGAAAUUAUUGAUGCUAAAAUAGAAAAAUUAAAUAAAAAUUAGCUUAACUUCAAUUUAUCAAUUGAUUAAUUAAUGAGUCCUGAUUCAGAAGAUUUACAAAUACUCAAAAUAUUACUUAGUCAAUAUGAAAUUUAUAAUAAUGAAGUCAUUCGAAUAGAUGAAUAAAUUAAAUCAAAGAUGGAAAUGCAAAUAUCUUAAUUAAUUACUUAAAUCAAUUUUUUAACUUCUGAAUAUGCUAAAAAAAUCAAAUAAAAUCUAUCCAAACUUUCAGUAGAGUAAUUUAAAGAAGAACUGAAAUUCUCAGAAAUCAAUAAACAUAAACAUAUACAAUUGAAUGAAGGUAGAACAGCUACACUUACAUAAUAAAUAGGUUAUGCAGUCAUAUAUAGUGAAUAAAGCUUUGAUCCUCUAAAAGAAAGCUUCAAAUGUUCAUUCUUAAUUAAUGUAAUAUUUUCAUCUAUAUUUACUUAGAAACUAUCUUAUGGUAUGGUUGGAUUUGGUUCCUUAGAAGCAAGUAAAUAAAUGAAUUAUCAAAUUUAUGAUUUCUCCAAAGGACAUGGUUUCUAUGCUCUUCAUAACACAGGUGUCAUUUAUCAUAGUGAUGAUACAACCAUCAAUAACACCAAAAUUAAGCCUCUUACAUUUGAUAAAGCAGAUUCAAUUGUGUGUUACUAUAAUGCUCAAUUUUAAUCAUUUACCUUCUAUAAAGAAUCAGAUAAAAAUGAAAAUUAUACAAUGAAACUGAAUGAUCUUUCUAAGAGAUUAUAUCCAGUUGCUAUUCUCUUUGGUCCAGGUGAUUCAAUAUCAUUUAUUUGA